ACUGUCAACUCGAGGUUGGUCUUUGUGAUCAUGUCAUCUCCCCAACUUCGUUGAUAACUAAAGAUCAAGUAUGGGGGUGGACGAGAGGUUGCGUUGUUUGAAGUGGCCUGUUAUAUUGUACAACAUCCUGUACUUCCUGAUCAGCUGUGCUGUAUUAGGCGUGGCAGUUUGGCUGAGGUUUGAUUUCUUUGCAAGCAACUUCCUUGAGGCUGAUGAGGCUUUCAAUGGCUAUUACAUAGCCACUUAUGUGUUUAUGGUGGGAGGAUCCCUGGGCUUCAUCGGUUCAAUUAUUGGCUUUGUCGGCAUUGGCUGUCUCAAGUUCAUCCCAAUAGUCAUUUACCUGGUCAUGGUGAUUGGGAUAUUUCUACUGGAACUUGGAGGAGGCGUGUUCGUGUUUGUUUACAGGGAUGAGAUUCAGCACAGCCUAGCAAGAGGAGAAGUCAUUCAGCGAGUCGUGAAGCAGGAGUACGGCGUUGUGUCCUCCAAAACGAAGGCAAUUGACUUCAUGCAGUGGGAGCUGAGGUGCUGUGGAGGUGACAGCUACACUGAUUACACCGGCUCUACCUGGUACAACUCUGACAUUGAGAGUCGCAAGGAUCGGGUACCGCUAUCCUGCUGUAAGGACUAUGAGAGGUACAAGGACAACCCUAACUACCGCAGCUGCGCCAUGUACAAAAACCAGCAGGGCACAGGACCCAUACGAGAACCAAGUCAACACAUACAUAACACUGCUUGUGGUGAGGCCAUAGUCCAGUUUAUAUCGGACCACAUUGUAGUACUAGGGGCCAUUGGACUAACUCUAUUUUUGAUGCAGAUAUUUGGAAUCACAAUGAUCUCCAUGCUCAUUCACUACCUGAGGAAGCAGCAGGCUGAAGAAGGCUUUGAAAUGUCGCGCUCCUUUGAGAAAACAUCUUGGAAGGGAGGCAACCCAUACUGGUAGAUGCAGAGACAUUUUGUUUUUCAUAAAGGGAUAAGACCACCUGGGUUGUGAGAUGUCAGUUGUCCUGAUUGCAUUGAUGAAUGCAUAUUUGAUCUAUGUAUGAAGUCUGCUUUGUUUUGAUUCACACUUCCUUGUGAAGAAGUUUUUCCACUGCCCUGACUUUACACCAAAUUUUAACAUCUUGUCUGCACACCCCAGGGUUUUUACAUGCACAUAUCAGUGAAAACUGGUGUUUUUUUGUAUUUCAAAAUUGUGCUGAUGAAAUUUGUGACAUCAUUUCCAUCAGUUUUGGAUAAAGCAGGUGUAAGCUAGCUUUAUAUUAAAUCUACCCUUUACCGUUUGUGUUUGUGAACAUACGAUACAGCCUUGGUAAACCGCAGUCGGGAACAGAUCGUUGUGUAAAUUAGCCACAUGUAGAGUAGGCAUAAGUAUGGGAUUGGAUCAGUUUGUGGUACACUCAAGCAGAUGUAUUCGCAGUGCCUGUAUUAUGCAAGGAAAAGAAUAUUCCUUUGAAAAAAUACAAGCCUUCUAGAAAAUGAGUAUCCUUUGUCAUUAACAAGGAAUGUGGUAUUUGAUGGAUUAUGAAGAAAGAAGAUAAUUUUUGUUUCCUCAAGUUUAGGUUGGUUGGGCUUAUAAAUGCACAGAGGAGAUUUUCUUUAACGAAACAGAAUGACAUUAUGACCAUUUUUAUCCAUCAGUUUCAUGCCAUUCUAGAUUAAAUUAGAAUGAAAAGAAAACGAAAUUUAGUAUCAGUCAUUAUCUUCAAUGUCAAACUUGAAUACUCAGGCUAUAGUACACAUGUUGCUGGAUCAGCUGUGGCAUUAAAUUGGGAGGUUUGUCAAGUACCUGGUGAAGGUCAAUGGUAUAAAUAACAAGACAAAACAUUCUUGGUACCUUGUUCAUUGGCAAGGUGUCGCAUGACUGACGAGAUUUUUGAUGUUGGCUUUAAACACCAAUCUAAAAAAUAAAUUAGUCUCUAUCAUUAUUGGUGAUAGACAUUUGUAAGAAUUUGGUUAGUUUACUUGUGAAAAAUGAAGUAAGAUGAUGUACAUUAUUAUAACAGAGAAAGCAAGACCUUGAAGAGCAUGUCUUUUUUUUCUAUGUAUAUAUCUUGGAAAUGAUACGGAAAUUACAUAGGGUGGUAAUUCUCUUUAAAUCUGAUUGAAGUCCAUUUUCAUGUGUGUCUUUUUUUACUAUGUUCAUUUUUUGGUGUAUUAUGAUUGCCGCCCAGUUUAUUUCCAGACAUUCCAAUUUUUUUAUAUGCUUUUUUUUCUAUAUUUUUGUUAAAUUACUCUAGAUGACUACUGAAAAUAUAUUUGGUUCACUGAAAUAGAUGUAUAAAUUUCUUCCAUUAACCGGUAAGAGCAGAUAAUAGGGGAUGACAUACAUAAUCCAAAAACUGUGCCAUAAUUCAUAGAAGAUUGAGGGAAGUUUAUGGUGCUGUUUUGUAGUACACAUCAGUUUCAUUGAUAAGGUCUUUUGUUUUUGUUUUUUUUGUAAUGAACAGCUGACUGUUGUCAACGAUCAUCAAAAUACAUUUUUACUUGGAUUUUGCAUGAAAGCAUGUGUAUAUUGCCAUAAGCAUUAGUCGACGUAACAUCACUCUAUAUGUAUGUAAAUAGCUCAUGUUAGCAGUCUAGUUUAUCAGGAAAACCUUACUGUUAGUAAAAGAAGUAGAGGAAGAGCUUCUUGUAACAUAUAACAUAUCAUGCAAAACAGCUCUGAAAUAUAUCAAGGGCAGAAUUUACAUUCAUUUCUUAUAGGUAAUACAAGUUUAAACUGUCUUUAGAUACCCUAACUGGAAAGUGGAAGUGACCUUUUGGUGAGCUUCCCAGUGGUGAUGAAAUGCUUAAUAUCCACUUUUGCUUAAUGGACUCUAUACCUAUCACCUGGCAUGUGUAGACAAGAAUAUAACGGACCAUAAAAGGUUGGUUUCUUUGUGGUCAGUGGGCAGCUAAAGAUUGAAAGUGAGCCUGCCAGAAGUGUAGUACAAGGUCUCUACUUGUGCAGGAGACACAUGAUAAUUGCCUGAGGUGGGGAAAAGCAGAUCUCUAUCACUACUACAAGUAAAUGAAAAGUUGUUUGACUUUAUUGUUGCCAUUAUGAAAUAGCAGAGGAAAGUCACAUUGGAGUAUCCAUUGUUAUAGCAGUGGAGUGUUCUUGAGAACAGUAUAAAACACCAGCCAAACAAAUGGAUAGGAUUUUCUUAGGAUUAGAAUUUGGUAUUCUUAGCUGCUCUCUUUCAAACUUCAGAUAUAUUUGCCAUGUGAAAGCAACCGUUUCAAUAUUCACUGUGAAAUUAAAAUAUUGACAAACAUUUUGUGCCUCAAAAAGAUAUCUUUGAAAAGAGAGGUGGUAGGAAACAGUUAAAAACUUGCAACACAAACAGGAGAAACCCAUUGCCAAAGAGAUAGACAGAUGCAUCUUUCUUUUACCAUGAUAUAUCAAAUUGCUAUUCAGUUUAUUGGUAAAGCAUGCACAUUUUCACUAAUUAAACAUUCCAUUUGUGUGUUUAUGGUUAAUAUUUUAUGUCUAUUUACAUAAUUUCAGUAUGUAAACAGUAACUUCAUCAAUAGCCCUCUCUUUUGUAUUCAUGAACAUGUAUAUUUGAAAACUUCAUGUCAGAUCGUAGGUCCUACACUUAAACCUAUUGUCAGUGCCUAUAUCUGUGAAUUCAAUGUUGUAUUUUUGCUAUGUGUUAAAUUGUUUAGUAAUUAUAUAUUUCAACUUUUGAACAUAUAUUUUGUCUUCAGGUGGCUAGAAAAUUUGUAUUGCCUUUCUUGUCUUUGAAUAACUUUACCGAUUUUGUAUAAGUGUAGCGCCCUUUUGUAUUUCUGAAAAAAAAAUAGGUUGGAGAUUGUAUAAUGGAUGAACGUGAAGUAUAAUAUUGGCCAUCUCUAUAACAGCUGUUGUAUACCUCAAUGUGAAUCUCUGUCUUGUAGUGGUUGGUACGUUUGUCUUAACAUCAUUUUAAUCAUAUUGUCAUAUUGAAAUGUCAGCAAUGUUGUGAGGGAGAAAAUAUUACUAAUGAUUAAUAUGUUACAGUAAAUUUAGAAGUGCUAAUAUACAUGAUCCAAGUCAUCAAGUUAUCGGACUACAUUUUACAGGUUAUGGAUUAAAUGUCCAUGACCCUAAAUGACCCUGAAUUUUGUCUAUGACUAACUUUGCCCAUUUUUCCUCAUUCUGAGAGCUCUAUUGAUUUUAGGAAGGUAUUUUGAGGUUUGCUUGGACCAUGGGAUGAUAUUC